ACUCUAGGAGGAGGUGGCUCGCCCAGCGGUGGUGCGCGAUACAGCGCUCGGACCUUCCGCACCUGUCGCACACACUUGUGCCUUCCUCACAGCAGCGCUGACGCCGACUUACUGGUGACGCGUGACUUUCGAUCUCCUGGUCAUGGCCUACCCGGGAUACGGAGGGGCGUUUGGAAACUUCGGCGGUCAGAUUCCAGGGAUGCAAGUGCAAAUGGGCCAGCCUGUGCCAGGCGCAGGGCCCAAUAUGUUCUCUGGUGGUUACCCUGGGUACCUUACAUACUCUGACAGCUACUCCCCUGCCGAUGACUCCAUGUGGACUUACUUCACGGCUGUUGCUGGGCAGGAUGGUGAGGUGGAUGCUGAAGAGCUGCAGAGAUGCUUGACACAGUCUGGAAUCAGUGGAUCUUAUGCUCCUUUCAGCUUGGAAACCUGCAGAAUUAUGAUUGCCAUGUUGGAUAGAGACUACACAGGAAAAAUGGGAUUCAACGAGUUCAAGGAGCUUUGGGCAGCUCUCAAUGCCUGGAAGCAGAACUUCAUGAGCAUUGACCAGGAUCAAAGUGGCACCGUAGAGCAUCAUGAGCUGAGUCAAGCCAUCGCGCUCAUGGGUUACAGGUUGAGUCCACAGACAUUAGCAGCGAUUGUUAGACGCUACAGCAAGAAUGGCCGGAUUUUCUUUGAUGACUAUGUCGCCUGCUGUGUGAAGCUCCGUGCCCUCACAGAUUUCUUUAGGCGAAGAGACCACUUGCAACAAGGGAUCGUGAACUUCAUGUAUGAAGAUUUUUUGCAGGGCACCAUGACAAUUUGAAAGCCUAGCAUUCCAAAGGUGGAGACAGACUGCGAAUCCUUCUGCUUCAUUGAAACAGACUGGACUACCUAAAAUUAAAAGCUCGCGGAACUUUUUUGUAUACCUUCCUGUGAAAGCACCCCCUUUCUUUUAUUUAACCUUAAAGCACAGUUCAAUGCAAUAACUUUUGUAUUUGGGAUAUAUUAUUUUUGGAAAAGUUAUGAUGUUGCAGAUAUAUGCACACUCUCUUGGAAUGAACUAAUGGUGUGUAGCUAACCGUUACCAGCGUACCUGAGCCUUAGUUCUUAACAAUUGAGCAUGUCAGAAUGUAGUCAUGUGACAGGUUGUCUUUGAAGCCAAAUAAAGAAAGUCUAGAUUAUCUAAAGGCUACAAGUUAUAGAUUUUGUUGGUACCUGUGGGUGUUUCUGGGAGUGAGUCAGAGGGGACAUCUGCACUUUGUGCUGUCUUUGGGUUUUGAUAAACGGUCAGAGAACAUAACACAUAUUCUUUCCUGUGAAUGAGGGAUCUGUAGCUCCUAAGACUGUGUCCUUCCUAGAUUCUGUCAGCCUAGAGCAGUAGGCAUUGUCUCACCAUCUUUGUUGCAUUGUUUAUUGUCUACAAUAUGUUUUAUCAUCUUCCACUAUUGCCUUUGUUUUUAAACUUCAAUUUUUUUUGUGUUUUGUGAGACAGGGUCUCUCUGUGUAACCCAGUGGAACAGAAACUCGUGGACCUCCUACCUUGUGCCCCAUUGUUUGCAGAAAUUCAAGACUUGCAAACCCUUGGCCAUACUAAAGAUUUCAACUGAAGAUGCCUUUCUCUUUCAUUAGUGAAGGCAUAGAUAACCUGAAAUGUCAACUGUCUUUGAAUCAAGGAGUUUUGAGGACUGGGUCAUUUUAGUGAUGGGUCAGCAUUCAUUCACCUUUUUUUCUGUUACAGCCUGGUGCUGCUCCUAGUGAAUGGCAACAGUUUAAAGAAAAGCAAGUAAUCUGUUACUGUUUAACUGUUCAGAAAUUCUAUGUUGAAUUGGUAGUGUGGACGUGUGUGUGUGUGUGUGUGUGUGUGUGUGUGUGUGUGUGUGUGUGUGUGUAUCAAAACCCACCAAGAAGGGUUUUGAUAUUUUUCUCUUAUAUUUUUCCCCCUCCUCCUCCUCCUCCUUCUCUUCCUCCCCCUCCUCCUCCUCCUCUCCCUUCCUCCUCCUCCCCCUUCCUCCUCUUCUCCCUUCCUCCUCCUCUCCCUUCCUCCUCCUCUCCCUUCCUCCUCCUCUCCCUCCUGCCCCUCCUCCUCCCCUUCUUCUACCUCCUCCUCCUGCUUAUGGAAAGCAGCAUUCCUGGUGAAAUUUUCUGUAAAGAUUUCAAGGAGUGACUAGGUUCUUUGCAUUAAGUUGUCUGCUCUAAGAUGUCAGAGUUAGUUUAAUUUCUGAAUUUUCAUGUAUUUUAACUAAAUAUACUCUAGCUGAAUUCAGAUGCAAAUAGAUAAAAUUUUAGUUUAGCUUGUGGCAAAAUUGAAUAUUUGAAACAGAACUUCUUGAUUUUUAAAAAUAUUUUUUAAAGAAAACUCCCCCAAAGUGCAACCUCUUUUUAUAAAUACAGAAAACUUAACAAUUAGCUUUUACUUCAAAAGAUCCUGGAAAGGAAAUGAUGUCUAAUCACUCUGACAUUGAUUAAUAUGUAACUUGAUAUCAAACCCACUCUGUCAGUUUUCUAAGGAUAGGUCAGUGAGUAAUCCACACACACUGCCCUCUGCCUGCUCGUUCAUGACCAUAUACUCAGUAGCCUGAAGCAGCAUUAAGAGAACCACUGAAUGCAGAAUCUGAAGCUGUGAUAGAACACAGAAGCCACAUCAUGAUGUUGCAAGUCACUGAGCAAUGUACACCCUUAAUGUAUAAGUGCUUUUAUUUGUACAGUAAACAUGUUUCCAUGUCGCUUUGAGAAUUUUUAAAUAAACAUUCAAAUAGCUUGCUGUAAAGUUUUGUAUCAUACAAAAUUUGUUACGUAUCUACUGUAAUGAGAUGCUUCAGUUCAAACAGCGGUGCAUUAAUUCAACCAUUAUCUAAAAGAUUGCCAAAUGGGUAAAUGUCACGUAUUGCACUUCUAGUCUGAGUGGCAGUUUACACAUUUUAAAUUACAUCAAGGGAAAAUCAAUACUAUGGGAAUCUUGAUUUGGUCCACUUUAAAUGUAUUUUAAGGACUGUGCUCAUUAACCUAUUUUAGGCAUGCAUUCAGAAAAGGAAAGUUAACAAAUAUAUAUUCAAGUUAUAUAUUUAUUUCCAGAAAAGGCCUUUAGCCUGGAAGAAAGUAGAAUUUAUCAAGGUAGUUUAAACUCUGUGCAAUUAAAAAAAUAACAAAAAUCAAUUUGUGGUAUUUCUUUAAUUAAAAUAUACAAAUCAUGUUCACUUGUAACCUUAUGAUAUUACUAAUUGAACAACCAAAAUAAAUACUAUUUGUGAGAAA